GGAGCACCGAGUGGAGGGCUCGCUUGCCGGGGCCGCCCGAAAGCGUCUUCAGUGCGGGCGCUGGGGCCGCCAUCUUAGAUGGCGGGAGUAAGACGAGAAAGAGCGUGAGAAGCGAAGGCUUCCCUGCCGCUCUUCUUGGGCCCCGAAGAGGGCCAGCUGGCCGGGCUUUGGGGUGUGUGCCCUGAGGCGCGGAGUGCGAGAGCGACGAUGCGAGGGCUGCCCGGGGCCCCGUCCCCUGGGCUGGGGACGCGCCGAAUGUGACCGCCUCCCGCUCCCUCACCCGCCGCGGGGAGGAGGAGCGGACCAGACGCCACAGCCGGACGACUGGACACAGAGGCGGCCGGGCUCCCUCAGCUUGAAAAAGUGCUGAGUUACAGUCUAGGAAAGAAAGAGACUUGAGAUUUUGAAGUCUUCCUUGAAGAAGCUGGCUAUUAAGAAGGUUUAAGUAUUGUGUAAGCUGCAUCAAUGGAGCACAUACAGGGGGCCUGGAAGACGAUCAGCAAUGGUUUUGGAUUCAAAGAUGCGGUGUUUGAUGGCCCCAGCUGCAUCUCCCCUACAAUAGUUCAGCAGUUUGGCUAUCAGCGUCGGGCAUCAGAUGAUGGCAAACUUACGGACCCUUCUAAGACAAGCAACACUAUCCGUGUUUUUUUGCCAAACAAGCAAAGAACAGUGGUCAACGUGCGGAAUGGAAUGAGCUUGCAAGACUGCCUUAUGAAAGCUCUCAAGGUGAGGGGCCUGCAACCAGAGUGCUGUGCAGUUUUCAGACUUCUCCACGAACACAAGGGUAAAAAAGCACGUUUAGAUUGGAAUACUGAUGCUGCCUCAUUGAUUGGAGAGGAACUUCAAGUAGAUUUCUUGGAUCAUGUUCCGCUCACAACACACAACUUUGCUCGGAAGACCUUCCUGAAGCUUGCCUUCUGUGACAUCUGUCAGAAGUUCCUGCUAAAUGGGUUUAGAUGUCAGACUUGUGGCUACAAGUUUCACGAGCAUUGUAGCACCAAAGUACCUACUAUGUGUGUGGACUGGAGUAAUAUCAGACAACUCUUGCUGUUCCCAAAUUCCAUUGUUGGUGAUAGUGGGGUCCCAGUACUGCCUUUUUUGACAAUGCGUCGGAUGCGAGAGUCUGUUUCCCGGAUGCCUGUUAGUUCCCAGCACAGAUACUCCACACCCCACGCUUUCACAUUCAACACCUCCAGCCCCUCCUCUGAAGGUUCCCUCUCCCAGAGGCAGAGGUCGACGUCCACACCUAAUGUCCACAUGGUCAGCACCACCUUGCCCGUGGACAGCAGGAUGAUUGAGAAUAACAGCCUGAAUCCUUCUCCCAGGGCGUGGUCCAGACGAUUUUGUUUGAGGGGAAGAGAUGCAAUUCGAAGUCACAGUGAAUCAGCCUCACCUUCAGCCUUGUCCAGCAGUCCCAACAAUCUGAGCCCAACAGGCUGGUCACAGCCCAAAACCCCUGUGCCGGCACAGAGAGAGCGGGCACCGGGAUCCAGCACCCAGGAGAAAAACAAAAUUAGGCCUCGUGGACAGAGAGAUUCAAGCUAUUACUGGGAAAUAGAAGCCAGUGAAGUGAUGCUCUCCACUCGGAUUGGGUCAGGCUCCUUUGGAACUGUUUAUAAGGGCAAGUGGCAUGGAGACGUUGCAGUAAAGAUUCUAAAGGUUGUUGAUCCCACACCGGAGCAGCUCCAGGCCUUUAGGAAUGAAGUGGCUGUCCUUCGCAAAACCCGGCACGUGAACAUCCUGCUCUUCAUGGGGUACAUGACGAAGGACAACCUGGCAAUUGUGACCCAGUGGUGCGAGGGCAGCAGCCUCUAUAAACACCUGCACGUCCAGGAGACCAAGUUCCAGAUGUUCCAGUUGAUUGACAUUGCCCGGCAGACGGCUCAGGGAAUGGACUAUUUGCAUGCAAAGAACAUCAUCCACAGAGACAUGAAAUCCAACAAUAUAUUUCUCCAUGAAGGCCUGACGGUGAAAAUUGGAGAUUUUGGUUUGGCAACAGUGAAGUCGCGCUGGAGUGGUUCUCAGCAGGUUGAACAACCCAGCGGCUCCAUCUUGUGGAUGGCCCCAGAGGUGAUUCGAAUGCAGGACAAUAACCCGUUCAGCUUCCAGUCCGACGUCUACUCGUACGGCAUCGUGCUGUACGAGCUCAUGACAGGGGAGCUGCCCUACUCCCACAUCAGCAACCGCGAUCAGAUCAUCUUCAUGGUGGGCCGAGGGUACGCCUCCCCAGACCUUAGUAAGCUGUACAAGAACUGCCCCAAAGCAAUGAAGAGGCUGGUAGCCGACUGUGUGAAGAAAGUUAAGGAAGAGAGGCCUCUUUUUCCCCAGAUCCUGUCUUCCAUUGAGCUGCUCCAACACUCUCUACCGAAAAUCAACCGGAGCGCUUCUGAGCCAUCCCUGCACCGGGCGGCCCAUACCGAGGACAUCAAUGCCUGCACGCUGACCACAUCCCCUAGAUUGCCUGUCUUCUAGCUGACUCUGCACCUGCACUCAGGCCACCAGGUGGGAAGGGAAGUCAGCAGGCAUCACCUUUCUGCGGGGACAUUGCUCGUCUUCAGAGAAGCUGCUGCUAAGGACCUUCUAGACCACUCACAGGGCCUUAACUUCACGUUGCCUUUUCUACCCCUCUGGCCCUGGGAGGAGGAAGCCAUUCACAGUGUUGGUUUGUCCUGCUCACCCGCAACCCCUGUGCUCAUGAGCCGAGCCUCCUUCAGAUGCACCGGUGGCUGCUGAUGGCAGUACAUGAUCUGGGGCCCCAGCUGUUGGCUAAACGAGUAUUUUUAGGGCAAGAAAAAGCACCCAGAGGGGAAAUGUAGGUAGCAGGCAAACCAGCCGUGACGUGGGGACACGUGGAUUUUGGAAAUCAGCUCCUACGAGGAACGCUUACCACAGAAGGAAGGACGGACUUCUCUUCAGAGAUACGUGGUGUGGCACCAAACAGGUAGUUUUUGCACAUAAUGCACCAAACAGCCCAGGACUGUCGAGACCGUGGCAGCCUGGAGGAGCCUGCUUUGGUACUAUAUGGACUUGACUUUGGGGACACUUCCUUUUCUUGAAGGUCUCUAGUGCUUUGGGAUGGUUUUCCAGAAGAGGUGCUUGGCGUGCCCCUCCCAGUCUCCGCCCUCUCAGGGAGCAGUCUUCCAUUGUGCUGAAUUUGUCUUCCAGGAGCUGCCCCUAUGGGGCGGGGCCCCCCCCCCCCCCCCGCCCACCGCCAGCCUGGUCCCUACAUCAUCAUAUGCAAGGAAGCCAGGAACACAGGUUUUCUUGAUAAUUUGGGUUUAAUUUUGUUUUUAUUGCGCCUGACAAAAUACAGUUAUUCAAUUUGUUAUUUUAAUAAAAUAAAUUAAAUGUA